AUGUGGUCUCAGUGCUUCGCACUCAUGGUCUUUGCCCUCGAGCUCACCUUCCUCGUAAUGCCGCUGGUGCUGCGCGCAGACUCCAAGGGCGCCUGGUGCUAUGACUCCCAGGACCCAAAGUGUGGCCCCUCCCACUGGAAGGAGAUAGCCCCUGCCUGUGGGGGCCCAGCCCAGUCCCCCAUCAACAUUGACCUUCACCUGGUCCAGCGGGACCCCACCCUCGGACCCUUCGUCUUCCAUGGCUAUGACUCAGCACCUCCAGGCCCAUGGACCCUGGAGAAUGAUGGCCAUACAGUGCUACUCCACGUGGACACUGGCCCGCAGAGCCGCCUGGAGUUGCAGGGUGCUGGGCUGCCACUGCCUGCCUACCGCGCACUACAGCUGCACUUCCACUGGGGGGGCCCUGGGCGAGCAGGCUCAGAGCACAGCCUGGAUGGGCAGCGCCGCCCCAUGGAGAUGCAUGUGGUCCACAUGAACACACGGUACCGGAGCAUGACCGAGGCUCGAGGUCACCCUGAUGGGCUGGCAGUGCUGGCUGUGUUGUUGGCGGAGAAGGACUCGGACAACGCCAACUUCUCGGCCCUCGUGUCGGGCCUGAAGAACGUGUCUGCGCACGGGGUCUCUGUGGAUCUGGCGUCCACCUUCCCGCUGGCCUCGCUGCUGCCGGGCGCCUCCGGCCUCUCGCGCUACUACCGCUACUCGGGAUCGCUGACCACGCCCGGCUGCGACCCCGCCGUGCUCUGGACCGUCUUCGAGGACGCGGUGCCCAUCGGGCGCGCGCAGGUGGCCCAGUUCCAGACGGUGCCCCGGGCCGGGCCCCCGGGCUCGCAUCCCGCGCCGCUCACGGAGAACUUCCGCCCGCAGCAGCCUCUCGGGGGGCGCAGGGUCUCUGCCUCCCCUGGCGCCUCCGUCCGCGCGGCAGCCCCACCCCUCGCACCCACCCUGGCCCGCGUGCGCGGGGCUCUGCUGGGCCUGGGGUUCAGCCUCUGGCUCAGGCAGGGCGCCUAGGAUCCCGACACGACCCUGAUCCCGCAAUAAACGAUACACGGAGUGAGCUUGGCCUC